UGGUUUAUGCUAUUUGGAGUACACUAAAAUUUUGUCACAUAGAAGUUUAAUCCGUGACAUAAAUUUGUGCACGCUUGGAUUUAUAUAGUGUUUUUUCAUAGCUGUGUGUUUUUUUUCUCCCGGAAUAAUCAUUGUCUAGUUUGGAAUUACAUCAUAGAAAUGAGAUAAAAUGGGAUUGGAGUAAAAUUAAAAACAUCGUCUGCAAACAUGGGGAACUUGUUUUGGAAGUUUAUUUUCGCAAGUGGAUUUUUAUGUCACCUGAGAAAUUUUGUUUUGUGUGUAGAUGUUGUAGAAAUAGACCCAGGCACCAGUUACGUGCAGCCGGAGAAUAUGUAUAAGUGUCCAAUUGGUUCUGAUUUUACAUAUGCAUGUCCAAGUACCAAACAGCCUGGGCGUGGACUAGUGUGUAUACACGAAUCAUGGUUGUGUGAUCAGGACCCUGACUGUCCCGAAGGCGAGGAUGAGGGGACGGGGGAGGGUAUGCCAUGCCAUAACAGACAUACUGAUAUGUGCACAAAAGACGAACAAUUCCAGUGUUCGGAUAAUCCAACUCUUUGCAUUCCAAUAAACUGGAUGUGUGAUGGCGACCUGGAUUGUGAUGAUGGGUCUGAUGAAGCCAAGCCUAACUGUUUAAAAAUGGGAAUAGACCGAACAGGUCCCCAUGUAAAAAAUUUAAUUCCAUGUACACCAAACCAGCUACGUUGUGGUGGAUCUCAUAAAUGCAUUCCAUUGAGCAAUGUCUGUGAUAAUAAAUAUGACUGUGAUUCCGGGGAGGAUGAGUUUGGAUGUUCUAAUAAUAAAUGUGAAGAUGUACAGUGUGACAAGUGUGCGGAGGUAUCCGUUGAUGGGGCCAAAUGUUAUUGUGACAAGGGAUUUUAUUGGAACAAUUCAAGAAAUUGUACAGAUCUGAAUGAAUGUGAAUAUGACCAGUUUUGUGACCAGCCGAGUGAAUGUACAAAUACAGAUGGUGGUUAUACGUGUGCAUGUAUAAGCGGAUAUGUAUUAGAAGGGAACUCAACAUGUAGAGCUGUGAAUGAACCAGAAGGAGAAGAGCCCACAUUGCUUGUUUCAAAUCAGUGGGAUGUCCGACAGCUCAAAAUCAGCGGAAAGAACUUAUCACCUCCUUUUGUAAGAGUAGGACAAAGUGUGACAACUCUGGCUUUUGAUCAUCGGAAGGAAAGAGUUUGUUGGAUUACAUAUGAGGGCAGUAAAGGGAAAUCACUGCUACAAUGUUCUGAUGUAAAAUCCUCCACAGGGCAGCUACAUACCAUUCCAGCCCACACUUACCUUACCACUGUUGAAAGUUUUGCCAAGGAUUGGAUCCAUGGUAAUUGGUACUUUGCGGACCCAGUUUUGAUACGAGUUACAAUGUGUUCAGCUGAUGGAAUAUAUUGCCAUGCACUUGCCACAAAAGAAAGCAAGCUUGUUGGACCGAGGAGUCUGGUGCUUGAUCCUUUAGAUGGGUUCCUGUAUUUUGCUGACUGGGACGAGACAAACCAUAUUAUUUAUAAAUCAGCCCUAACCGGUCAUGGUCUGACCGUUUUUGUGUCAACCAAGCUGAUCAAGCCCCGAGGGUUAAGUAUUGAUUAUGCAAACAAGCAUCUAUACUGGGCAGACAUGGACCUCAAUGUCUUGGAGAGGAUUGAUCUAUCAGGAGAUGCUAACUCUCGGAGAGUUAUUGCCGUUGGCCAAAAGGUUGAAUACAUACACAGUAUAGCAGUGUUUGAGAAUUACCUAUAUCUUAGUGAUCGGCAUGAGAAUCAGCUGAUCCGAAUGCAUCGAUACAAGUACGGAGAACCAGUAGAGACACUCAAUGGUAACUUGUCGCGUCCUGGACAACUUUAUGUCUAUCAUCGACAGACACAACCUGAUGCCAUAGAAGAAGAUCCAUGCCAGUCAGCCAAGUGUGACCAUAUAUGUGCGGUACAUAGACAAGGUGGAAAGCUGAAAGGGGAAUGUCUUUGUGCUGCCGGAUACACUAAAUCUAAUAACAAAUGUUUAGUUGAUGCCAGCUGUUCUGAAUUCUGUACUGGUACACAGUGUAAUGGAGCAACUGACACACACUACCCAGAAACAUGUACACUAGAACUCUGUCCACCAAACACGUCCUACUGCUCUGUACUGGAGAGGUGUUUACCAAGAGCAUGGUGGUGUGACGGUAAAGUGGACUGCCCAAAUGGAGAUGAUGAGGGAUUAUAUUGUAAAUACAAGGAAUGUUUGCCCAUCGAGUUUCAGUGUGCGUCGGGAAAGUGUAUUGAUAUGUCAUACAGAUGUGAUGGAAAUUAUGACUGUGGACCUGAUGAUAAAAGUGAUGAAUUAAACUGCAAUUUAACUUGCAAUGCAGAGAAUUUGUUCCGAUGCACAGAGAACGGGGCAUGUAUAAUGAAAGUGUUUGUAUGUGAUGGACAUAAUGACUGUACCAAUGGCUCAGACGAGCGACAAGAACUAUGUGAACAAAAUCCGGUGUUUUUUCCAUGUAACAAAGACAUAGAAUUUCAGUGUCGGAAUGGUGAGUGCAUAGCGUUGUCAUGGCAAUGUGACAAUGAUCCAGACUGUGGGGAUGGCUCCGAUGAGAUUGAUUGUAAAUCAAAAAUCCAGUGUAAGGACCAUGAGAAAGCUUGUGAUAAUGGAAGACGGUGUAUACCGGAUCACUGGUUUUGUGACGGAGAACCCGACUGUAUUGACAGAUCCGAUGAGUCUGACUCUAAUUGUCCAGGUGCCAAUUACACCUGUCUUGCACCAAAGAGGGAAUGUGAAAAGGAUGGUAUACAUGUGUGCCUGAAACCUGAACAGCUCUGCGACCAGAACAAGGAUUGUGAUGAUGAACACUUGGAUGAGGGUGGAAUGUGUGAAGCAAAGAUUUGUCAGCAGGAGGGUCAGCCAUGUGAAGAUAUCUGUUACAAUACACCAGACGAGCCGGGUUUCAUGUGUGACUGUAACACUGGAGAAAAACUUGAUGCAGAUAACAAAACCUGCAUACCCGCUGUUGCUGCCGACAAACUCUGUGACCAGUGGGGAAUCUGUGGCCAGUCUUGUGAGCUUGAUAUUCAGGCAGAACAUGGAUAUAGGUGUACAUGCUUUGAUGGUUAUUUUCUAGAACCGGAUGAGUUUACCUGCAAGCCUCUAGAGAGUGACCCACUCUAUGUUAUAUUCUCCAACCGUCAUGAACUCCGAAGAGUUGAUGUUGCUACAAGAAAUGCAGUGUCUCUGGCCUCCGGCUUGCGAAACACUAUUGCUCUUGACUUUUACUACAAUGACGGGUUACCGAUCUUGUUCUGGAGUGAUGUAAUGGAGGAUAAAAUUUACAGGGGAACCAUGACAGGAAACAGUUUGAUGAACGUUGAGGCAAUCAUAUCCUCUGGUUUGGCUACAACAGAAGGUAUGGCCGUCGACUGGGUGUGUGAGAACAUAUACUGGGUAGAGAGCAGUCUGGACCAGAUUGAGGUUGCCAAACUGGAUGGCUCCAAUAGAACUACACUGAUAGCAGGAGAAAUGAAAAGUCCCAGGGCUAUUGUUGUAGAUCCUAGAGAAGGGGCUUUGUUUUGGACCGACUGGGAUGGACAUGACCCACGUAUUGAGAAAUGUUCAAUGAGUGGUGAGGGGCGUAAAGUGAUACACAGAAUUAGCCCAGCGGAAGGUGGCGGCUGGCCAAAUGGACUCACGGUUGACUUUGAUUUUAAGCGCUUGUAUUGGAUAGAUGCAAGAUCGGAGUCAAUCCACACAGUUGACUAUUUUGGGAACAAUCAGCGACUGAUUCUUAAAAGCCACAAAGAUAUGAGACAUGCGUUUGCAAUUACAUUGUUUGGUAACCAUGUCUACUGGACAGACUGGAGUACCAACUCUGUUGUCAGGGCUAACAAAUUCAAUGGUUCCGAUGUUCAGAUAGUUCAGAAAAGUAUUACUCAACCAUUUGACUUGCAAGUUAUACACCCGAAGCGACAACCAGCCAUGGCAAAUCCAUGUGCAGUGAACAAUGGCGGCUGCUCAGACCUAUGUCUCCUCGGCUAUAAUGGCAGUGUAGGGUGCAGAUGUCCACAUCGAAAAAGAUUGGAUAAAGAUAAUAAGACUUGUGUCGAGGAUAUGAAGUUUCUACUGUUUGUAAAGAAUCAUGAGAUACGGGGUGUGGACAUUGAGAAGGCUCAUUUCAACGUAUUGCCUGUCAUUACAAUUCCACAUGUAGAUAAUCCUACUGCCAUUGAUUAUGAUAUCAACUCGGACACUCUGUACUGGGCUGAUAAAGGUCUCAAUGUCAUCAAAAAGGCCACAUUCAACGCUGAAGUCGAAACACUCAUUGAUAAAGGGUUGAAGAAUACUGAAGGUUUUGCCAUUGACUGGUUGUCUAGAAAUAUGUAUUUCUCAUCAUAUGACCUGACAGCACAGACUGCUUCCAUCUCUGUAGCAACUUUGACUGGUUCAUUUAGAACAGAACUGAUCAGUACGAAAAUAGUACAGCCUAAGUCUAUAGCACUUCAUCCACUGAAAGGAUAUAUGUUCUUCACUGAUGUUGAUGGUGCUGAUGGCUCACACAAGAUCUAUCGUGCUAGAAUGGAUGGAAGUGCAGUUACACAACUGUUGACUGGUCUCAACAAACCAACUAGUCUGGCUGUUGACUUCGAGGACAACAAGGUGUUUUUCAUAAAUUCUGGGAAUAAGACAAUAAUAUCAUUUGAUUUUGAUGGCAACAAUGUCAAAACUAUUGUAAACCCAAACAUUACAAAUCCUGAGGCCCUGACUGUGAACAAGGGGCUACUAUACGUUUCUACAGAAGAACAGAUUGUGUCCAUUAACAAAAAUGGCAGUGGAUUGUUUCAGCUAAGGGAGGCAACUCCAAAUGUACAUGCUCUGUUGAUGUUUGAUAAAGCAGCAAGGCAGAAAGCUGGUACUGUUUUGAAUGAUUGUCACCUACAGAAGAGUCGGUGUUCCCAGCUAUGUCUUCCAUCAGAUGCUCAGAUGUCACACUGUAAGUGUACGGCAGGAUUUGACCUUGACACAGACAAUGCUUCAUGUGUUGGUAUCAAGUCAUUCCUGUUGUAUGCGAAAGAGACAGAGAUAAGGGGACAGAAGUUUGAUGCCCUGUCUACCCAGGAGGCCCUACCACCUAUCUCACAAAUACAGUCUGCUAGUGCUGUUGAUUUCCUUGCUUCUGAAGAUAGCAUAUUCUGGGUGGACACAAAAGCAAACUCAAUUUCCCGUAUUAAACGUGAUCUUACGCAGAGAGAAGUUAUUGUACAGGAUGGUAUCAGCAGUGUUGAAGGACUUGCUGUAGACUGGAUUGCUAAAAAUAUAUACUGGACAGAUGCUGGGCACAGUACCAUUGAAGUAGCAAAGAUAAAUGGUUCCAGUAGAUACGUGAUUACCAGUGGAGAUAUGGAAAAACCUAGAUCCAUUGUGGUCAAUCCUGUAUUAGGGUACCUGUAUUGGAGUGACUGGGGUCUCGAGGCUCGGAUUGAGAGGGCCAAACUGGAUGGUUCAGAACGUGUACAUUAUGUCUACACCAACAUUACAAUGCCUUGGGGACUCACUAUAGACUAUGAGACACACAAACUGUACUGGUGUGACACUGCUAAUGAUAUGCAGACGAUUGCCGCUAUAGAUCUACUAACUAAUCAGAGACAUGUGUUAAUCAGACAGACUCCAGAUUUUCAGAUGAACCCAAUAUCGCUGACAGUAUAUUCUGACUACAUUUACUGGAUAGAUGGGAAGUUGAGUGGUUCUUCUAUUUAUCGUGCCUCGAGGAUGGAUGGAAGUGGACAAACUUUGAUACGAGCUGAACUUGGAGGCCAUUUGAAGGACAUUAAAGCUUUUGACAGCAGUAGACAAAGAGAUAGCAACCUUUGUGCAGAAAACAAUGGUGGAUGUUCAGAACUGUGUUUCUAUGUUGGAAGCCAUGAAGUGAAAUGUGCAUGCUCCUACAGCAAGCUUGCAGCAGACGGCAAAACUUGUGAAGAUCAUAAAGGAUUCCUCAUGUUCUCCAAGGUAACUCGUAUGGAGAGUAUCCACCUGGAUGAUGAAAAUGACAAAAACCCUCCAAUAUACACAAUAAAGAACGACACUUUCCUCCGUAAUGUGAUCGGUCUCUCUUUUGACUACGAGCAUCAGAUGAUCUUCUACAGCGACAUACAGAGAGGUGACAUUCAGUCUGUCUUCUUCAACGGGACAAAUAUCAGAGUGGUUGUUGAAGGUAUUGGUUCAGCAGAGGGAUUAGCCUUUGAAAAAUUUAAUGGUGACAUCUACUGGACAAGCUAUACCAACUCGUGUAUCAGCAAAAUCAACGUAAAUGACGCUCUAAGUAACAAGACACGUAAACCAGAAGUUGUCGUACAGAUGUCCAAACAUGAUCAUCCUAGAGCAAUAGUUGUCGAUAGUUGCUGGGAAUUGAUCUACUGGACUAAUUGGAAUAAUGAGAAACCAAGAAUUCAGCGCUCGAACCUGACUGGUGAAGGUGCAGAGGAUGUUAUUGUAACAGAUAUUCUUACACCAAAUGGUCUCACCAUCGAUCACAAGGCGAAGAAGUUGUACUGGUCGGACGCCAGGCUUGACAAGAUUGAGACAUGUGAUAUGGAUGGAUCAAACAGACAUGUAAUUAUCACAUCUAUACCACAACAUUCCUUUGGUCUUGCUGUGUAUGAUAACUACCUGUUCUGGACAGAUUGGAUGCUGCGUGCCGUUAUACGUGCCAACAAAUAUGAUGGCACGGGUAUUGUUUGGCUCCGUAAAAAUCUGGAGCGACAGCCUAUGGGAAUCAUUGCAGUUGCUGAGGAUAGUGAAGAUUGCACGAUAAACAAUUGCUUUAACAAUAAACACGGAUGUCAAGAUAAGUGUUAUACAGAUGUUACAGGCCAGGCCUUCUGUCAGUGUACAUAUGGAAGACUUAAAGCUGAUGGGCGGAGUUGUGCAUCCAAUUUCCAGUGUACAGGUCUUGGAUACGAGGCAUAUGCGUGUUUAAAUGGAUUCUGUCUACCAUUCCAAAAGAGUUGUGAUGGCGUCAUUGAUUGUGUGGAUGGAUCAGACGAGCUUCGUACAACUUGCAAAGACCGAUCAUGUCCACCUACGAUGUUUAGUUGUUCUAACAGAACUCAAGGACAGUGUAUUGCCUUGUCCAAGAAAUGUGAUGGAAUCGUUGACUGCAUGGACGGUUCUGAUGAGGCGCUCUAUGUCUGUGGAUGUCGAACAGAUGAAUUCCGCUGUAAAAGUGGUGUUUGUAUUCCGAAAGAAUAUAGAUGCGAUGGCAACGGUGAUUGUCUUGACAACAGUGAUGAAGUGGGAUGUGAUGCAAUACAGUGCCAGGAGGGCUACUGGAAAUGUAAAACAGGAAAAACAUGUAUCCCAGAGAAUCGUAAAUGUGACAGCCAUAAUGACUGCGGUGACAAAAGUGACGAGGCUAAUUGCACAAAAACAAGCUGUGCAACAAACAUGUUCCAGUGUCAAAGUGGAGAGUGCAUAUAUGAGAACUGGCAUUGUGACCGAGACUUUGACUGUGAGGAUAAUUCUGAUGAGCAGGGCAGCCAUGCCAACUGCACAUACCAUUGUUCAAAUACACAAUUCAUGUGUAGGAACGAUUCAUCCUGUAUUUCCGUGAAUUGGGUCUGUGACGGCAAUUAUGAUUGUCAAGAUAGAAGUGAUGAGGCAAAUUGCAAGGAAUGGAACAGUACAACAAAACAGUUUGUGUCAAAACAGAAUUGCACAGAUAGCCAGUUCCAGUGUACAUCUGGUCGUUGCAUAGAAAAAGAAUGGAUUUGUGAUGGUGAACCGGAUUGCAGAGAUGGUUUGGAUGAGAGCAAGACAGCUAAUUGUGAUCCAGUAUACUGUGAUGACAAUGAAUUCCAGUGUCAAAAUUACCGGUGUAUAGAAAAAGAAUUUUUCUGUGACAAAGAUGAUGACUGCGGAGAUGGAAGUGAUGAACCAGAUACAUGUGAAUUCUACAGUACCUGCUCAGACUUUGAAUUUGAAUGUAAGGACGGUUACUGUAUAGAUGCUUACAAACACUGUGAUGGUACCCCCGACUGUGCUGAUGGAUCCGAUGAGAAGCUCUGUCCAGCAAGCUUAUGCGGCAACACUACGAUGUUUUUCCAGUGCGCCAACCGUGCCUGUAUUCCAAUGAAACUUGUUUGUAAUGGAGUUAAUGAUUGUGGUGAUGAAAGCGAUGAGUCCCCAGAAUGUUAUAUUGACGAGUGUAAAGAAAGACGACCUUGCAGCCAGAUCUGUAAUAAAAAGAUCAUAGGUUUUGAGUGUAGCUGUAAUCCUGGGUACCAGCUAAGGGCAGAUAAACGCACAUGUGAAGAUAUUGAUGAGUGUAAAACAACAUAUCCAUGUUCACACUUCUGUCACAACACAAUUGGUUCAUUCUACUGUGAAUGUGCUGAGCAUUACAAACUGGCGGGAGACAAGAGACACUGCAGUCUAACAAGUGAAGAGGGGCAAGCCUACUUACUGGUGUCGAAUCGUUAUCAUAUUAAGAAAGUUAAUUUUGACCGGACCAUGGAGAGCAUCGUCGGAAACCUUACACACUCUGUUGCUAUCGACUUUGAUUAUAAAGAACAGAAAUUGUACUGGACAGACAUACACAGUCAGAGUAGUACUAUAAAUAGAAUCUCCCUAAAUGCCACGGAAGACUCUUCUGAAAAGGCAGAGGUUUUACAUAGUUCAACUGUAUUGAACCCAGAUGGCAUGGCUGUAGAUUGGAUCGGCAGGAACUUGUAUUGGUGUGAUCGUAAUACAGAUACUGUUGAGGUGUCAAAACUUCAUGGCACGUACCGAAAAAUCCUGAUUAAGGACAAAUCAUUCUUGAGAGAACCAAGGGCAUUACAGCUGUUCCCGAAGUAUGGCUAUCUUUUCCUGUCUGACUGGGGUGAAAAACCACAUAUAAGUCGAAUUUCUAUGGACGGAAAAACAAAGAAGCAUAUAAUCACUGAAGAAAUUGCUUGGCCUAAUGCUUUGACGAUUGAUUAUGUGACUGAGAAAUUAUUCUGGGCUGAUGCUAACUACGAUUACAUAGCAUUCUCAGACUUAGAUGGAGAAAAUCGACACGUUGUGAUCAGUGAGAAUCUUCCACACACAUUUGCCCUGACGACAUUCAUGGAUUCAAUAUAUUGGACGGACUGGGAGACAAACGGAGUAUUUGUAGCCGAGAAGUUUUCAGGCGAGAAGAGGGAUAUCAUGGUGAAAAUGCAACACAGGCCGAUGGACCUUGUUGUUUAUCAUGCCUUGAGACAACCAGAGAUGAAAACAAACCCAUGUGAGGCACUGGGUUGCAGUCAUCUGUGUUUGUUACGACCUGAGAAUGGGCCUAACGGAGAGAGACGAGAUGCGAGUGCUGUAUGUGCCUGCCCUGAGAAUCACAAUCUAAACGAAGACAAGAGGACUUGCACAGCUGCCUGUGAUAAUUCUCAGAUGCUGUGUGUAAGCACUUCAAGGUGUAUACCACAAUGGUGGGAAUGUGACGGUCACCCCGACUGCGAAGAUGGAUCAGAUGAGCCUCCAGAGUGCAAAGAUAAGCCGUAUUACUGCAGACAGACUGGGUUAUUCCAGUGUGCUAACGCUACCAGUGAGACUGACUGUAUACCACCUAUAGGUAUCUGUGAUGGUACUCCGCAGUGCGCAGAUCAUUCUGAUGAAACUGGAUGGAAUAAUUGUGCUGACUAUCCUUGUAUUCUGCACCAGUUCAAGUGUAAGGCUGAAAAUAAAUGUAUUAGUGACCUAAAGAAAUGUGACGGAAACAAGGAUUGUGAUGAUGGCGAGGAUGAGAAGGACUGUGCCAAGCAAGAAUGUCUGGAGACUCAGUUCCGAUGCAAUACGACUGGAAACUGUAUCCCCUAUCUGUGGCAGUGUGACGGGGAUAACGACUGUGGAGACUGGUUUGAUGAGCAGUCCUGUACUAACCGCACAUGUAAAGAUGAUUAUAUCAAGUGUGAAAAAACAAAGAAAUGUAUUCCUAAGGCUUGGGAGUGUGAUGGAGAGCAUGACUGUGGAACUGGAGAUGAUACAGAUGAAGAUCAUGAUAAAUGCUCUGAUAGAACUUGCGAUGGGACGUACUUCAGGUGUGACAAUGCUCACUGUAUUCCUGGUAGAUGGCGCUGCGAUGAUGAUCGAGACUGUAGCGAUGGAAGUGAUGAAAAAGAAUGCGAAACGAGAAAUUGCACAGACCAGGAGUUCAAGUGUAAAGAGGGCAACAGGUGUAUACCUCUAUCCUUGGUUUGUGAUGGAAGACAUGACUGCAAAGAUCAUUCUGAUGAAUUGACUACCGAUUGUCUAUCCGCGGUCAAGUGCUCAGCGACAGAAUUCCAGUGUGUGGCAGGAUCAUCAUGUAUUCCAGGAUCAUGGAAAUGUGACGGAGAAGAUGACUGUCUGGAUGGUUCCGAUGAGCAAAAUUGCCAGUCGAAUUGUGGACAAGGGGAAUUCACUUGUAAAAAUGGUCGAUGUGUGUCAUUUCUUUGGAGAUGUGAUACAGAAAACGAUUGCGGUGAUAACUCAGAUGAAGAGGAAUGUAGCAGUAUUGCGUGUCCAAUCGGUCGGUUCAGAUGUGGUGAUGACAAAUGUAUUCCCCUACAUAAAAAAUGUAACGGAAGGGUUGAUUGUUCAGAUGGGCUAGAUGAGAAUAUCUGCACCAUUUCUAAGUGUCCAUAUGGUACAUACAAGUGUAACAAUAAUCGUACAUGCCUGCACCCACACCAGUUGUGUGAUGGUAAGCCAGACUGUGCUGAUGAUGGUGAUGAUGAUGACGCUGAUGAUGAAGCAGCCAAAAUUUGUGCUAAAGACAAGUUACAGUCCUGUGGCAUAUUGAAUGGUGGCUGUGAUCAGAAAUGUACCUAUCUUAGCGAAUUGCACAUGACAAAAUGUUCGUGUGAUCCAGGUUAUGUACUUGAGGAUAAUAACAGAAGACUUUGUGUUGAGGCAAAUCCUUGUGCUGAUUUUGGAACAUGUUCACAGCGAUGUUCGUACUCAAGGAAUGACAGCCAGAUAAAUUGUACAUGUGACAUAACAUACAAGGAAGCGAAGGAUGCAGAUAACAACACCGUCUGUAUACCUGGAGGUGACUCCCCAAUAUUAGUGUUUGCAGACGAAGACAAGAUAUACGAACAGAAAGUGAUUGAUCUCUACGCUGAUGACUCGACUGGUAGGAAUAUAUCAGAAAAUGCUUCAAAGAUCAUCUCCCUUGAUGUUGACGUUUCGUCUUGGAAUCAGGUUGAUUGGAAGAUGUUCAUUGUGAAAAACAUGCAGUUACGGAAGUCCAUCAUAUUGAGAACAUUUAAACAAAAAGAUACGAAAAAUUCAAACGAUAAGAAAGACAGUAACAGCAGUGGGAAAAGGAAGAGAAGGGAGACAACUGUUGCUAAAAGGGAAGAAACUUUGAUCACGGGUUUGAAUGACCCACAAGGCAUUGCAGUGGACUGGAUUGGAAAGAAUUUGUACUGGACAGAUGCGUCGACUUCAAAGAUAGAAAUGUGUCAGUAUAAUGGAACCUCCUGUACAAGAAGGAAAACUGUUGUAAAAGGAGAUCUCGCCGAUCCAUUUGAUAUAGUGGUUGAUCCAAAUUAUGGCAAGAUAUUUUGGACAGAUAGAGGCUACCCACCAAAGAUUGAAUCGGCUAAUCUUGAUGGCUCGGAGCGAAGAGUGCUUGUAUCAGAUUUUGUCAUUUGGCCAAAUGGUAUAACAUUGGAUUAUACCAAUGAUAGAAUAUACUGGGCAGAUACCAAAAGUCACACUGUUGAGUCUGUCAGACUGGAUGGCUCUGACUAUCAGCUGGUUAGAACGUUUGAUGCAAGUGAUCCACCAUACCAGGUUGAUGUGUUUGGAGAUGAUUUGUAUGUAACUACGUACAAGAAGCGUGAAGUGUUGAAAUUCCCCAAAUUUUACGAUAAAACUGUAAAUAGCACAGAAACCUUGACAAAGUCCAUAAUGCACAUUGAAGAUAUUGUAAUCAUACACGCAAGCAAGCAGAUGAUCAAAUUGCCAAAAGUUACAAACGCGUGCAGCAGCCACCCAUGUCCUUCUCCAACACAACUGUGUAUAAACAAUCCUCAAGGAAACUCGGUCAAAUAUUCCUGCAUGUGUGCUGAUGGUGCAAUAUUCAACCCCACCUCAAAGAAAUGUGACUUCAUCGAAUGUCCACAGAAUUAUUGUAAUGGCAAGGGUAACUGUACAGCCACACAGAACAAUGACUUUAAAUGCAGUUGUGAAAUUGGAUACGGCGGUAAGAGAUGCGAGGUUGAUGUGUGUCUACACUACUGUGGUGGUGGAGGAACAUGUCUUGUACACUCGGAAAAACCGUCUACACCAGUCUGCAUUUGUCCAAAAGGGUUUUCUGGAGAAAGAUGCCAAACAUUCCAUUGUAAUGAAUACUGUCAGAAUAAUGGAAAAUGUGUGUAUUCAAUAAAGAAUGAUAACGUAACAUGCAGUUGUGGCCGAGGAUUCUCUGGAAAGCACUGCGAGAUAGAGAACCCUAACGUGUCAGAUUGUGAUAACUUCUGUCUUAAUGGUGGAACUUGUCAGCAUAACAGCUCUGGAAUACGCAUCUGUAAAUGUAAAGAAAAUUAUACAGGUAGAUACUGUGAAAAAUGCGGACUUCAGGAUUCCACAGAAACUUGCGAAAAUGGAGGAACAGUCAUCUGCCAUAAAAAUGUUGAUAAUUCCGCACCUAGAUGCCAGUGUUUGCCUGGGUAUGAUCCCAAAACAAAUUGUGCUAAACGCACAUGUGACGGAUAUUGUGAAAAUGGUGCUCUUUGUACGUUAAGAGAUAAUGCACUCGCAUGUCAGUGUCCAUUAGGAUAUUUUGGAGAUCGUUGUGAAAAUAUCGCUGUUAAUUGUACCAAUGUGAAGUGUCUUAAUGGAGGUAAAUGUGUUCUUGCCAAUCAGAUAGGAAAUGCUGGAGGACAGGGGGCACAAGUGCAGUGUAGCUGUCAGGCUAGAUACACUGGUUCCCGCUGUGAGAUGUAUCUAGGCUGUGAUGGUUUCUGCAAGAAUGGUGGCAACUGCUCAGUCGGUGAAAAUGGAUCAAUGAUGUGUACAUGUCCAGUAUAUUAUGUUGGUACACGGUGUGAAACUUGUAACUGUGGUAAAAAUGGAGAAUGUAGUACUCAAAAAGUCAAUAAUGUGGAGCAGACAUAUUGCAAAUGUAUAGAUAAGCAUUUUGAAGGCCAGUUCUGUAACAGGUCUAUUUGUCAUGACUGGUGUUACAAUGGCGGGCAAUGUAUCCACUGCCAACUCAUGGAAAACAACAUUGGACAAUGUGAGGAAUGUGUUUGCAAGCCGCAGACAAGUGGACCGAGAUGUCACAUAUUUUUGCCGCGGCAAAAGGAGAAACAGUCCCAACAUUCUAUUUUACCUAUAAUUGUAUCUGUUGUCGUGGUUUUGUGUAUCCUCGUUGCCAUUCUACUCUUUAUUAUCAUCAGAAAAAGAAGAAAUGUCCAGUUUAGACACAGCAGAUUAAAAGAUCAUCCAAACAUGCAAGUUUCGAACCCGAUCUAUAUGCCACAGACGACAGAAGACCUGGAUGAUGAGGAGGACCAAUCCCAUCAACCCUUGGAUCAACCGUUCGAUUUCGACCCAGAAAAGUCAACAAACUUUGCCAACCCUGUUUAUGAACAGUUUUAUGCUGACAGUCGUCAAACUUUGCUUCCGAAAAAAGAUGACUCGGAUGAUGAAGCUUCGCCAAGCAAAAAGAAUGGAAGUGUCUAGUAUUAGCUCAAAGUUAUCCAGUGUUUGUAUAUAGUGACCUUGUACAUAUAAAUUGAAAACACUUCUACAGUGUGAUUAUGAUAAAAUGGAUGUAAUCCAACAGCUGAGAAAGAAUCUGUAACCACAGAAGAUCACAUAAAAGUAUAUUUACUAUAUUACUGCUCUGAAAGAGAUUGGAUCUGUUGAGUGCUUGUUCUAAUUAUAGAAAUGAAAAUUUUAUUUAUAGAAAUGAUGAAAUUAUUCUAUUCAUAGAAGUGAAAGGUUGUUUCUAUUCUUAGAAACACUGUCAGGAGACAGGGGACAAGAAAAGUGUAUAACUGGGGUGUAGCAAUCUUGGAUAUACUGGGAAGUCUUAACCAUUUAAUUGUUUAAAUAGUGAAUACAUAAGAUUUAAGAAAAAAAGGUUAUACCUUAAGGCCUAAAAAAAUUGUUUGUUUCUGGUUUCCUGACCUACCCUAAAGUUUUGGCCCAACUCUUGAUGCUUUUAUGGCCUUGGAGAUUUUUUUUAACAACUUUUUAACAAAAAGUUGCAAAACUGGCUUAAACUGCACUUUUUAUGCUUUAAACAUGGUCAGUGAUGUUAGAAAUCAUCUUACUGAUGCUCUAACCCUAACCCUUAUUUGUAUUUAUUUUUUGACACAAAAAUAUUUUCUGAAAAGUCUCACUUAUUAAAUAAAAAAAAAAUACUGAUCUGCCUACCCUUAUUAUUAUUUUUAGCAUGUUACUGGAAACAAACAAUUUUUUCUUAACCAUAAAGUGUCAUAUUGCUUUAGAUGUAUUCAGAUAUAACUAAUGUAUUAAGUUGAACAUUAUAUUGUUAAGUCUGCUUGAAUAAUAUAAUGAGUUUUCUGAUUAUAAUUCUAUUAUAAAAGUACUGGUAUGCAAAAUAUAAUGUUACUGAUAUACUGAUUGUUUAAUUCCAGUGUACAUUUUGCCAUGAAUUAUUCAUCUGCAGUUAGCAAUAUAUUCAGAUGUUUUGUGUCAUAUUAACUUUAUUCAUCUGUGAAGAGGGUUUACAGAAUUAUGAAAAUGUGGAGGAUGUUCAUAUAAUGGCUUUGUAAGGGUACAUUAAGGUAGACAAACCUUUUCUUCAUUCAGGCUUGGAAUGCAUUUAUAUUGAAAAACUAUGUACUAAAUUGUAAUAUCAUUCCAGUUUAAAAAUCAUGCUAUUUAAUUUACUGUUGUUUUUUUUAUUAACCAUCCUUAUUUAUAGAUGUAACAGAGUUUUCAGUGAUUCUUAUCAUAACAUUACAGAUGAGAAAAACCUGAGCCCCUGGAAGCUUCAAGUUGAGCCCAGUCUCAAAUUGCCAGUCUCUGAUUGGUUUAGUCUGGGUUGCCAGUCUCUGAUUGGUUUAUUCUGGGUUGCUAGUUUCUGAUUGGUUUAUUAUGGGUUGCCAGUGUGUGAUUGGUUUAUUCUGGGUUGCCAGUUUCCAGUUGGUUUCUUCCGAGUUGUAUCUUGGAAAUUGGCCAAUGGUUUGCAUGCAUUUUGAGACUGGUUUACCAAACUUACACUGGAGACAAAUUUUUAAUUGGGGUAAUUUUAGAAUAAGUUCAAGAAAUGUUUUACUUUAUAUUAUUUUUAAAAAUAAAGUUUUUAGUUUAAGAGAAAAAUGUCUUCAGAAGUCUGACAGCAGAAGAUAAGGCCAUUAAAAUGAAUUGUUAAGUUACACUUUCUGUCCUUUUGUCUGUUGCUUUUUCUGAUUUACAAGCCUUGAACAGGGACAUAAAUAGAUAUACAUUAUUCCUGCCUUGAACAAGGGGAAACAAUUGUAUUAUCACAUACUUUUCACAACAGUAAAUAAAAUUACAUUUUUAACUACAAGAAAUUGUUUGAUUUGAUGAUAAACGUUCUUUAUUUCAAGAAGCUACUUGGAAAAGUAUCUCAGAAAAUGGUUUGGGGUAUUCUCUUCAGUUGCUAUGUUGCAGUUACAGUAUUAUGGCCUUACCUGUCUAUGCUGACUGAAAAUCUGGAUUUCCUAAAAUGUAUUUUUGUACUUAGUGUAGAAAAAUAGUCAGCAUUCACACAUUAAUAUGCUUCCGAAUUUAUGGUGCUCACCCUUCAAACCAAUUAGGAGUAACCCAAAUGAUGUAGAAUGGAAGAGUCCAUCACAAUUUUUUUUUAGGUUUGAAGGGGUUUGAUUUUUGUACAGUGUUUUGAGUAUGUUCAUAGACAAACUAACUGAGAAAUAUCUUGCGCUUCAUUUAAUCAAAACAGAAAUGUUCAUCCUCCAUUUUGUCUAUUGUCUUUAAUAAUACUUGUUUUUUAUGACCAGUAGUUUAACAUUAAGUAGAUUUGAAACUGUCACAACUCUCACAAAAUCUCAUGGUUUUUGAACGAGAUUUCAUGGUCUCUGAAGGUAUAUGAUUACCAGGAUUAUUGUACUUUUCAGUGGGACAUUUGCUAUGUAAAAUGCUAUCACAGUUAUUUUAUUCACUCCAAACAUAAACAGGGAGCAUUUUUAUAUUACUUUGCUUAUGUAAUAGUAAAAAUGCCAGUCUCUUAUUAAGAAUGUCCUUACAUCACAAACGAAUUUUCAAGAAAAAAUUUCUGGAUCUAACUAGAUAUGUUCUCUCUGGAAAAAGUUUUAACAGUAGUUGGGAUUUUUUAGUAUAUGCCAUUGUUGUAUAUAGUUUACAUGUAUCUGAUUUACACUGGUUUACAAAACCACAUUUGUCUAACCUGCUUAAAUAUGCUACAAAUUUAUAUUGUGUGACAUUGUAUGGAACUUUUAGCAAGUUUAAUGUAUGUAUAUAUUUUAACAUUUCACAGAGCUUUCUUGUAUUCUGUGGUGUACAAAAAGAUUUUUAAACUCACUAGUUAUUGUGUUAUAUUUCAGCACUUAUAAUGUACCAUAGCCUGGAUCCCUGUCUGAAUGGUUAUCUUUGUUUUUGUAGUAAAUACUGCACAUUUGCUGUUCAGUCAGUAAAUUUUCAGUGAAUACCCCUUUGAAUGAUAAAUGGUACUUUCCAAAUUGAAUGAUGGACCAGUCCAUUUUAGAAAUUUAGCAGGGUAAAGGUUAAAAAGAUUCAUUUGUUUACUUUAUUCAGCUCAAAUCACCUUUUUGGCCGUUUUAGCUCAUUUUAAAGUUUAUGUUUUGAAUUUAUAUAAUUUAUUUCUUCCAACUUCUAACUGAUACAUGAAGUAAUGUGUGUAUAAUUUGAGAAAAUUAAAUUGUUCCUUUAUUCCUAAUUGGUCCUUGGAAAGUGCACAGUUGACAAGCUACUGUUUAAUGAUGGCAAUAGUAAUCAAUAGUAAUUUAUUAUCAGUUGUAAUCCUAAUAGCUUUCUAUAAACAUGCAUCACUGACAAAAGAAAAACUGGUUCCCAUUAGUGGUUCAGAAAUAAGCAUUUCAAAAAUGCUAAAGUUUAUAUUAUAAGAAUAUUUAUGGAAUGAUUAUUUUAUUGGAAAAUGGGGUUAUAAGACUAAAGAGUAUUGAUUGAAGGGUGAUUUUAUUGGUAAAUUGAGUGGGUAGGUAGUGCAGAGACCACAUAUAAUAAUACCAGUAAACAGAUUUCAUGCUUUUGCUACUAAAUAUUUGUUUUGGACUUAACUGUAUUUUGUAGAUUAAUAGAAGCCAAAAUUUUGCCUGAUUGAUCGUUUUUUAGUGGGUCAAUACCUAAAGAUCAAGCUUCAGCUUUCUUUGCAGUGUUUGUUACAUCAGGCAGAAAUGUUGAUGAUCAUUGUUGUACAGUUUUGUUGAUACCUGUGCUAAUAUUUGUCCAAACUUCCCUUAUAGUUUUCCUUGUUUUUUUUUGUGAUACUGUUUAAAAGGUUGUGCAGAGAUGUAUUCCUAGUUUUAUGUUUUGUGUUUCUCGGUUUAUGUUACGUGUUGUUCAGUUUUAUGUUAGAUUUUAGGCAGGUUUUGUUUUUGGUUUUUAAGGCAUUUUUAACAACUGAAUUGGAGAGGUUUGGGGAAAGGGGCAUUAUACUCUAACUGGGAAGUCUAGGGCAUAUGGAUAUAGUAUCGAUCCCAUAGAAACUAUUAUAUAAAACUAAAAAUCUUUGCUAUUUACAUGAACAGAAAUUAUUUGUAACUAGCAGCAGAAAUAGUAAGAUUUUUCUUGCAGAGAAGGCUGGGAGUUGCACUGAACUUCAUUAGUCCAUUGACUAUUGUGAGUGUUACUAGUAUACAGAAUAAAAAAAAUCUGUUAGUUUUCUACAAAAGUUUGUUUAUAUCAGGAGUUACAAGUGAGUCUGUAUUAGCGGCCAAGGUACAUACUAGUAUACAGAAACUGUUUGUGGUAAUAGCAUGUAAAUGGUAUUUCUGCAUGCUGCUUAUGUUUAUGAUUUUUUUGCAAACAAAAUCAGAUUGUAAAACUUGGCUUUGUAUUAAAACUAAUUAUAUAUGAGCUUAUAUUUUUUACUGGUCUACUUAAUAGAAAUUUGAAAACGAUCAAAAUUUUAGUUUUUUACCAGAAACUCGAAUUUUUUUACUUUAUCAGAAGAAAUCGUUAUACAGAAUUUUAUGGAUUAGUGUGUAAAGAACUGGUGUACAAAUAUACAUGUUGUUUUUAAGGCCAAUAGAAUUAAUUCUUAGUUUCUAAGUCCUUUUUUCAAUAAUGUUAGUUUCUAAGUCCAUUUUUCAAUUUUCGAUCAGGCAAUAUUGUCUUUAUCUGUUUUAAAGAUCUACCAAAAUGUCUGUGUAGUAAGGUCUUAAUUUCAAAAUUAAACAGAUUAUGCUAUGUAUAAAAGUUGUGGCCCAUGUUUUUUGUGUGUAGGAAAGUGAUUAUGUUCAUGAUAUUUCAGAUGUAUUUUCGGCAGUUACAUAUAAACACAAAUUGUUAAAAUGCACUACAGUUUAGAUGCAUACAUGAGAUUUCAGAUGUAUUUUCCGCAGUUACAUAUAAACACAAAUUGUUUAAAUGCACUACAGUUUAGCUUGUAAAAAAAACUAUUCACUUUGUGAUUUGAUUGUUUAAAAAAAAAAACUGGUAUACUGCUAAAAUCUUUGUUGCCCUGGCUUUUUCAUACAAAAGGAACUUGACCUGAGAAACAAAUUGUUAAUUGUUUUGGCCUGAUGUUGUUUUGUUUGAUAUGUUGUCUUCUACUUUAUAUUCUAUGUAACAAAAUUGUAUUUUUGUAAUUUCAUUUAAUGCAACAACCAUCCAGUUUAUGAAUUUUAUGAAUAAAAGCUGAUGAAAUGUAAAA